CGCCCUGGGGGAGGAGGGGGCGGGACAGGAAGCGGAAGCACCCGCGGCCCGGCCCGGAAGUAGAGUUGUUCCGACUUCCGACUCCAGGACCACGUGAGGAUACCAGCUGCCAACAUGAACGAGAAGGUCCCCAGAAAGAGUAGCCUUCUGGCUUUGAGCCAACCAGAAGAAGUAAUGGAUUUACUUAGAGAGUACCCUCUCAGUGCCAGUGAAGAUGAGGAGGACAAUGAUGCAGAGAGGAAACAUCGAAAGCUCCUGGAGACCAUUGGUGGCCUUGAUGGAAAGAGCAGGCAGAGAUUGGCUGAGCGGUCAGAGGCCAGUCUGCAAGUGUCAGAGUUCAGCAUCGGCACUGAAGGGACAGGGGAGAAACUGGAACUCGCGGAGCUGCUGGCACCAGUCAAGUCUUCCUCCUCACUGGGCACUGUGAAGAAGCAACUGAAGAAAGUCAAACAUAAGAAGACGGUGGAGUUACCCCUCAGCAAAGAGGAGAAUCAGCGGAUCCACAGGGAAGCUGCCUACAACAAAACCUCCCAAGAUAUGGACAAGUGGGACCCGGUAGUCUUGAAGAACCGGAGGGCACUACAGCUAGUCUUUCCACUGGAGCAGCAGCGAGUACUAGAUGCCCCUAUCGAGGAGGUCCUUGGGAGCUGGAAGGCAAGAACUCCACUGGAACAGGAAAUUUUUAACCUCCUUCACAAGAACAAACAGCCUCUGACCGACCCUUUAUUGACACCGGUGGAAAAGGCCUCCUUGAAAGCCAUGAGCCUGGAGGAGGCCAAGCAGCGCCGAGCAGAGCUCCAGAAAGCCCGGGCCUUGCAGUCCUACUAUGAGGCCAGGGCUCGGAGAGAGAAGAAAAUCAAAAGCAAAAAGUUUCACAAAGUGCUAAAGAAGAAGAAAGCCAAGGAGGCUCUCAAGCAGUUUGAAGCACUGCACAAGGCCAAUCCCACUGCGGCCUUGGAAGAGCUAGAGAAAAUGGCAAAGGCCAGGAUGGAGGAGCGAAUGAGCCUCAAGCACCAGAACAGUGGCAAAUGGGCCAAGUCUAAGGCCAUCAUGGCCAAGUAUGACUUAGAGGCUCGUAAGGCAAUGCAGGAACAGUUGAUCAAGAACAAAGAGCUGACCCAGAAACUUCAGGUGCCCUCUGACACCGAGCAAGAUGAAGACACUGAAGAAGACCCCGGGCUCAUCCCUGACAUCGUGAAUGACGUGCAGAUGAGCAUUGAUGGACCAAACCCUUGGAUGCAGAAGAAUCGUGGGGUCAUCCCUAAAGCUUCUCAAAUCCAGAAAGCGCCUGUUGCCAGGGAAGAAUCUGAGCCUGAGGAGGAAGAAGGGGCCGAGGCAGAAGAAGAGGCUCUGCUGCAAGAAGCAGAAGAGAGGCGGUCCCUUCGGAAGGGGUCACAGGACAGGGGACACAGAACAAAAACACCCAGGAGGACGGAGGAGGAUAAGGAGGUCUUAGCUGAACUGAGGGCCCUCUCCAAACAAAUGAACCAGAAGACCAAGAAGAUGAGGCCAGGUGGAGAAGAGCGUGUGAGCUCGGCUCCAGCUGCUGCCAAAGAGCCAAGUGUGCAGAUGGAGGAGCAGGCCUGGCUGGAUGAGAGGCCUGAGAGAGUACAGACCAUGGAAGACCUGGAGGUUCUGGCCAUGGAAGAAGUUAGCCAAGAACAGAACCUACUUAGGCCUGUAGUGGAAAGGCAGCAGUGCCAGGAGCAGCAGCAGGAGCACAGUCAGAGUCCUCCCAAGGUGGAACAGGAGCCCAUGAUUGACCUGCAGGCCAUCAUCACCGUGAAGGCCCACAAGGCACACCCCUCCUUAUUUGCCCCCACCAUCGUAGAUGAGGAGGACUGUGACGAGGACAUAACCCAAAAGCAGAUAAUAAAGGAGGCCUUCGCAGGGGACGAUGUCAUCGCUGACUUCCAGAAGGAAAAACGAGAAGCUGAGAAAGCAAGCAAGCCAAAAGAUAUUGACCUGAGCCUGCCAGGUUGGGGAGAGUGGGGUGGCCCAGGCCUGGUGAUCAGUGCCAAGAAGAGACGCAGGUUUCUCAUCAAAGCUCCUAAAGGUGCUCCGAGGAAAGACAAGCGCUUGCCAAAUGUGGUCAUGAGUGAGAAGCGGAACAUCCAGGCAGCAGCCCACCAGGUGAAUGUGCUUCCGUUCCCAUUCAGCCACCAGCAUCAGUUUGAAGAGACCAUCAAGAUGCCGGUGGGCACCACAUGGAACACACCUAGGGCCUUCCAGAAGCUGACCGCUCCCCCGGUGGUGACCAAGCCCGGCCACAUCAUUGAGCCCAUACAAGAAAAGGAUGUUGAGCCCUCCCCUUCCCACUUGGGCCCUCCAACCCUGCAGAAGAUAGGGCAACAGCAUGCCCACCACAGGAGGAGGGGGCCAAGGAAGGCCCCUUAAGUCCUAUUGAUGGCCCCAGGGCCGGGAGAACUUGGGGCUGGGAAAUAAAGCAAAUCUUCCACAUAAA